AUAGGACUGGAGGAAGAAGUUCGCUUCUGCUGCAGUGUUCGUGAUCAAAUAAAACGCGUUGCGACGGUGCUUCGUAAUAUAGGACUGCUCAGGUACUUCGUUCAACCGUCAAGGGAGUGGUGUGGAAUCAACAGCCAGAGUAUAGCGCUCUAGUGACGGACGGGGGGACUCGACUUCAAACGUUUUCCCGGGACUCGAAUCUAUCCAGGGUUACCAAUUGAGUCACGGUAACUCGCUCUUGAACCGAGAGACCAACGGUAUCUCAUUUAUAUCGUAUGGAGUUCAGGCGAGGAGCAACCCACUAACCAUGCUGCACUCAUAAGCUUUUGGUGCCGUCUUUGUUUGCAGAGGAAAGUCUGCCGCUCACUUUCCUUUUUCCAGCGGAGGCGAGAUUCGUAUUUUAUUUUUUUGGCAGCCUUUCUUCUGCCUCUCUCCUUCCUUUCCCCCGACCGGCUCGCUCCCGUCGCCAACCAACUGACUGGAAGAAGGAAGCACCUUUGUUUUUACGGAGUAUAUACUUGCCUGCUCGAUCAGCACCAUGAAUUCGGAUAUAAAUGUGUACCUCGGCCGGGAUAAAACGGGCAUCAUGCGGAAGAGAGCCCUGCUUCUCCGGAAAGGGUGUAGUUUUGAGAUUAGUUCGAGCUCUGUCUCGGAGGACUUGGGCUGCAGGCGUGGAGACUUCAGCCGAAAACACUAUGGCUCUGUCGAGUUGCUGAUCUCCAGUGAUGCAGAUGGAGCCAUACAGAGAGCGGGCCGCUUUCGAGUGGAGAAUGGAUCAUCAGAUGAGCCAAUGGACUACACCCCGGGAAUCUGGAGAAGAACCGAUGUCCAUUUGGAGAACCCAGAAUACCACACCAGAUGGUUCUUCAAAUACUUCCUGGGAAAAGUCCACCAGAAUUACAUUGGUACGGAUGCAGAGAAGAACCCCUUCUACCUGUCUGUGGUUCUGUCUGACCAGAACAACCAACGGGUCCCUCAGUAUAGAGCCAUCCUCUGGAGGAAGACAGGAACUCUGAAGAUCAGUCUGCCAUACAGCCCCACUAAAACACUAUCAGUCAAGUCCAUCUUAAGUGCGAUGAACCUGGACAGGUUUGAGAAGGGCCCGAGGGAGAUUCUCAACCCAGAGAUACAGAAGGACCUACUGGUGUUGGAGGAGCAAGAGGGUUCUGUUAACUUCAAGUUCGGUGUCCUGUAUGCCAAAGAUGGACAGCUCACAGAUGAUGAGAUGUUUAGCAACGAAACAGGAAGUGAGAGCUUCGAUAGGUUCAUCAACCUGCUAGGGGACACAAUCUCUCUGCAGGGCUGGGCGGGUUACCGCGGUGGACUGGAUACCAAAAAUGACACUACAGGAAUGAACUCCAUCUACACAGUGUAUCAGGGCCAUGAGCUGAUGUUCCACGUCUCCACCAUGCUACCCUAUUCCAAAGAGAACAAGCAGCAGGUGGAGAGGAAAAGACACAUUGGGAAUGACAUUGUCACCAUAGUGUUCCAGUUCCAGGAGGGGGAGGACACAUCUCCGUCAUUUAAACCCUCCAUGAUCAGAUCACAUUUCACACAUAUCUUUGCGUUAGUUAGAUACAACAGUCAAAACGACAGUUACAGAUUGAAGAUGUUCUCUGAGGAGAGUGUGCCACUGUUCGGACCGCCCCUUCCCUCACCACCAGUGUUUACAGACCACCAAGAAUUCAGGGACUUUUUGUUAGUCAAGCUAAUCAAUGGAGAAAAGGCCACCCUGGAGACGCCCACGUUUGCCCAGAAGCGCCAGCGGACUCUAGACAUGCUGAUCCGUUCCCUCUACCAGGACCUGACCUCUGACCUCCACAAGAACAUGCUCAACAGACGCUCGUUCAGUGACGUGCUUCCAGAGUCGCCCAAGUCCGCCCGCAAGAAGGAGGAGGCACGACAGGCCGAGUUCGUCAGGAUAGGACAGGCACUAAAGCUCAAGACCAUCGUCAGAGGAGAUGCCCCCACCAGUCUGGUCACUACGGGCCUGUGUAGAAAAGAGCCUUGGGAGUCCCAGUCGUUCUGCAGUACGUUUUCCUAUGAGACAGUGUGUGCUGACUCCUGGGGUCAGUCUCUGUUGGUCGCCACGGAAGCAGCAGGGGUCAUGAUGAUAGAUGCUGUUGAUCCACUUCUUUCAAACCCAGACGCCCAGGUCCUGCCCCCAGUGCAGGUGUUUGAUAAGACCAUGGUGGUGAAGCAGAUGCAUGUUCUAGAGCCUCAGGAUCUCCUCAUCACCAGGACUGACAAAGGGAAGGAUGCGCGUCUCUAUGUGUUCAGACUGAGCAUGCUCAAGAGAGGCCUGGAGGAGAGGCAGCUGGUUCGCACCAAGUGUGACAGCCGAGAAAACAAACUGGAGAAGACUAAAGGGUGUCACCUGUACUCUAUCAACACCCACCACGGGUCAGAGUUGAGGAUCGUGGCAGCCAUCAGAAACAAGCUCCUCCUCAUCACCAGGAAACAGCCCCGCCCCGAUGGCAUGGGCAACCUCGCCGCCACAACCGACUCGCCGGUGGACCAGUUCCAAUACAUACGGGAAAUCUGUCUGUGUGAAACUCCGGUGGUGAUGGCUUUGGUGGACGGUCCUACAGGGGAGAAUGACAACAUGAUCUGUGUGGCCUACAAACACCAGUUUGACCUGAUCAACGAGAGCACCGGGGACGCGUACAGGCUGCACCACGUAGACGCCAACCGGGUCAACUUUGUAGCAGCCAUCGAUGUGUACGAGGAUGGGGAGGCUGGUCUUUUGUUGUGUUACAAUUACAUCUGCUCCUAUAAGAAGGUGUGUCCGUUCAACGGCUCCACCCCCAUGAUCCAGUCCAACGCGUCUGACUUCCACUUCAGCUGGAACCAGAUGCCCAAUGCCAUCGUGUGUGCGUUCCCCUACAUCCUGGCUUUUACCACUGACUCCAUUGAGAUCCGGCUGGUUGUCAACGGUAACCUGGUCUAUACAGCUGUGGUACCAGAGCUGCAGCUGACUGCCUCGAGGGCGGACAUCUAUUUCAUUCAAUCCGUCCUCUCCAUUUCAUUCAAUCCGUCCCGUCCGCAUCCGGUCAACUCGGCUUCCAACUGCAGCUCCCGGGACACCAGUUCCCAGAGUUCGCCACAGACGCCCACCGGCUACGAGAUGCCUGUGUUCCCCUCACCGCUCGGAGACGGUGAGGCACAGUGUAAGCAUAUCUUCAAGAUCCCCCUGAGUAACCUGGUGGGCCGCAGCAUCGAGAGGCCCCUCAAGUCCCCGCUGGUCAACAAGGUGGUGACGGGCUUGACAGCACAGGUCCCUAGCAUGGUGUGGCCCCCGCGGGGGCCCCUCAUGCAGGGGGCUUCACACACCCUGUCACUGUCCCGCAUGGAGAUCAAAGAGAUUGCCAGCCGCACCCGCAAAGAGCUGCUCGGCCUAACCGAGGAGCCGGGCGGUAAGUCCGGCACUGUCAAACAGAGGAAGAUGAGCAAGAAGACCACUGAGGAAGAGCCAAAGGCACGAGCACUGACCUCCACUAGCAGUGACAGGAUGGGCUCAAAGUCGGGCAACGCGGACUCAGACGUCCAACGGCACUGCUCAUUUAGCUCGGACGAUGCGGCGCAAGAGAAAGCAGUGCUUCCAGAGGAGAGCCCGCCAUUGGCCAGCGCCUUCAAUCUCUCCACAUCCUUCGAUGAUGAUGUCCUGGACCUAAAGUGAAGACAAUCCCAUCAUGCACUUCUCCCCCUCAUCCCCCCUCUCUUUUCUCCUCCUUCGGUCAUUUUGUUUUGGUUGGGUUGUGUGUUUUGUUAUCUCCUUUGUCUGGGUCUUCAUCCUCAUCCUUCAUCCUCAUCCUUCAUCCUCCUCCUUAACCACUCAUGGUGGGUAAAGGAGGAGUAAUUGUGUAAAGUUGUGUGUGCGUGUUUCAUAAGCAGUCGGUCCCCGCAGUCAGUAUGUGUGUCUGUGUGUUGCACUGCAGCGAGUACCCCAAAGAAAACGAGGUCAUUUGAGGUGGAUUGUUCAGAGUACAGGUGUCAUUAUGCGGCGAAAGGUUUCAUCUAUAAACGAAAACUGAAUGUAAAUCUACACACCAAGGCACAACAACAAAAAUGUUUGGAAACAGCACCCUCGCGAAGUGGCUUACCUUUUAUUGUAUAAUCUGUGAUUAUUUCCAAUUACACUUUCAAAUAUAGUAUAAUAUAUGCAUAUUUAUGUGUACAUCUAUUUAUACAUUAAGAUGCAUACACAUUAACAGACAUGAAUACCUUUAUAGAUACAUUAUAAUAGACAUUUUAUUCACAUAUUUAGUAAAUGUACGAUGUUUUAUGCUCUCCAUGUCUGUAUACAGGACACAUACCACAUCCUCCACUAAACUACAACUCCCAUCAGCCACCAGUCACCUCUCAUAUUUAGUAAAUGUACGAUGUUUUAUGCUCUCCAUGUCUGUAUACAGGACACAUACCACAUCCUCCACUAAACUACAACUCCCAUCAGCCACCAGUCACCUCUCUCAUAUUUAGUAAAUGUACGAUGUUUUAUGCUCUCCAUGUCUGUCAGUCUUGUUCCUUCCCAACUCUGUGUGCAGGUAUACAGGACUGGACUAGAGGCAGAGUUUCCCACAAGUGCCACAUCCUCCACUAAACUACAACUCCCAUCAGCCACCAGUCACCUCUCCUCUAAUUGGCUGGUCUCUGACAGUAGCAGUCAUAAUCAUGUAUCCCUCUGUAGAUAACACCCACAGUGACUCUGUGAGCUAGGUUUUAAUACGCAUAUAGUCAAACACACCCACACCUCUAGGGCCUCUAAAAGCACCUACUGUCCUGUCUCUGGCUUUCCCUGAGAAUCCAUUCACAGAAUAUACUCUCCUAUACACAGGUCGCAACCUUCCCAGACAGUUAGUUUACUGUGGCCCAACACAGUUUAGUCAGGGGCCAAUUGGCCUGUUAGCGCAUCGCCUUUACAGUCUGUCCAGUGUUGGGCCACUAGUGGCGUCGGCUGCCAACAGGACGCCCUCAGCUUAUGUGCUUUAUCGUGGUAUGCAGACUCUUAGCCACCAGUUGUUCACUUGUUAGUUGGGUUGGAGAAUUGAUCAAGUGGCCAACUACUUCCAUUUAGGAGUGAUGUAAUGAGGUAACGUAGUCAGUCAUAGGGUACAUCCCAAAUAGCACCCGAUUCCCUAUUUAGUGCACUAAUUUAACCAAGGCCCGUAGAGCUCUGGGUAAGAGUACAGUGCACUAUAUAGGGAAGAGGCCGCUAUUUGGGAUGCAGGCAGUGGAUGAGAGACCAGACAGAUGGUAGGUACUGUAGCCUACCUCAGAGUCCUUAUAGGAUCUAUUUGGUAGAAGGAAUGAUCUCCUCUCCAGCUGUUCACUAGGAGCAAGGCAUAACUCACCAAGUGCAAUGGAACAUUACAUGAAACACAAGAGUUAUGAUGCAGAGCGAGUCGCCUGAAACAGCACAGAGGAAGCCAUAACACUUAACCUCCUCUGGUACCAGAGAUAUAGUAACCAAGCCCAAUGAUUAGGGUGAUAUCAGCCUAUCAGUACACGGGUCAGCGGUCAGACAUCAAUCAACCAAUCAAAUGUAUUUAUAAAGCCCUUUUUACAUCAGCAGAUGUCAUAAAGUGCUUAUACAGAAACCCAGCCUAAAACCCCAAACAGCAAGCAAUGCAGAUCUAGAAUCACGAUGGCUAGGAAAAACUCCCUAGAAAAGCAGGAACCUAUGAAGAAGCCUAGAGAGGAACUCUGAGGAGUGGCCAGUCCUCUUCUGGCUGUGCCAGGUGGAGAUUAUAAGAGUACAUGGAAAUUUAAGGCCAGAUUGUUUUUCAAGAUGUUCAAAGGUUCAUAGAUGACCAGCAAGAUCAAAUAAUAA